AUGCUCGGGCCAUAUGCCACGGACAUACUGGCCUUUCUAGGGGCAUGGGAGGAUUAUCUACAGACAAGGAAGAUAACGGACGGAAAGGCAUAUUGGAAAAAAUUAAGGAGUGAGGUUAACAUUAUCUUCAAGGAAGUAACCACGACACUCACCCAACGUAGCGGCAAGACCGCUGGUAUAUGUGGAAGUCUAUAUACCGGAGCGGAAACAAAUGUGGCUACAUGCAAAAGCAGGUGCCAUGAAAUUGCAAACCUUAUGUUAUAUAUACGAGGUUAUGAUUAUAAAGGGCAGAACGAAGGAUGGCACAAGAGGAACGUGAACAAUCGCUCAGCGCAGCUGUUUAGGGAAUAUUUAAAGUGUACACUGGGCACUGAAGUUUUAGUACAGGUGUAUGGGCAAACUAGUGACCAUAAAGACAUAAUAACGAAGGUUGCGGAAGCACUCAGGCAACCGGAUAAACCAGGACAACAGCACUAUGUGCCAGGGGUGUGUGAGGGCCGGGACUAUGGCGAGGCCAUAUUCGGAUUACGUGGUAUUGGACCAAGCAUAAAGACUAAGCUGGACGACUGGAAGAAAGGUUUCGCGGGACGCACCACAGGAACUACACACGGCAGAGUGCAAAAGUGUGCUUGGGCAGAACAGGACGUGGAGGAAAGUGACCAGCAGUGCAAUGAACAGGCGGGGGCGCCACCACAGGACUCCGAGCUCAUGCAGAGCAUACAGUGGUGGACGGAAACUGCUACCUUUGAGCGAUUGAACAAGGUGUUAGACGACAUGCAAGACAAAGGGGAAUCCAAGUGGAAAUGUGAAAUACAGAUUAAAAUAAAGGAGAAGAUAAAGGAAAAGGUCCAGGAAAUGAAAAAAACUGUGAACAGGACGGUAACGACCGCUGCAGGUGGACAUGUGACAGGAACUGCAAGAGGUGGAAGCGGAGGAGGACGAGGAAGACCGGGUGGAUCUGGUGCAGGAGGAGGAAGGGGAAGGGGGGAACCUCCCUCCAGCCAGAGCCCGGGCCCUGGAACAGGACCAGGAAGAAGACCAAGACCGCGGCCGAGACAGCACCCGAAGUCGCCGGAACCACCAACGAAAUCACAGCCACCGGAGAAACCGGCCGGUGCUAACGGCAAUCCGCGCGGCCCUGUCCAACCAGUAGCGGAGAAACCGGUGGCAACGACGACGACGACAUCAUCUGGGAGUGGUGGAGGGACCACACGCAGUGCAGCUAUUGGUCUAGGAAAAGGGUAUAAGGGGGAUACGCAAGCGGCGAAAGAUUUCUUAGUGAACGUUCUAGUGAGUUAUAUAAAGGAUAGGGGAAUACCCGGGAAUGAUAGGGAUAGGCAGUUUUACGAUAAGUUUUGGGCAGAUAUGAAGACUGUGUACGAAGAAUUUGUGAAAUAUAUGGAAAAACCGGAUCAGCAGGGACCGUAUGGGACACUGUGUCAGGAGGCUGCAAAGCAUCAGCAUCAGGAAAACAUGUUACAGGGUGACCGUGUCGUAUGUGAGUUUAUGUUGGGGGCGUUGCUUUUUAAGCAUGGGCUCGAUGUGUCUGGCGCAGGCAGGAGUGCGCAGGGGACUGCAGAACACGUAACACAAACGCAACGCUAUAUGAAGUGUAUGAUAGUGAAUGUAUUCAUAGAUAGUAUGCUUGUUCCCGAGUGCCUGGAGACAGAGGACGCAAGGUAUGCAGAAAAAGCUAUAUAUGAAUUAUUGAAGGCCCACACUGGGUUCCACGAGAAUGAUGAUUGUGAUGGCGUAAACUUCGACAAGACCCAAGUAGCCGGGGGUUAUUUAAGGCACACAAUACGAGACUGGAUAAAGACGGAAACGAUAAAGUGGGACGAUACAGAAGCUGCAGGAAUAUUGAGCAGUAGGUGUAAGAACUGGAGUGAAGGAGGACAGACACCUAGAGGAACAGCGCAAAAGGACGUGAAAAACAUAGAUAACGACGAGGAGAAAAAAAUACAGGAGGAAGUUAAAAACAUAAAGGGAGAAGUGAAGGCCGAAAUGGACAAAGUACAGAAGAGUAUUGAGAGCAAUAAGGACGCAAUACAGAGCAAGGCCGUUACCGCGGCCAAACCCGUUGCGACAACAGCUGCAGCCGAGGAGAAGGAACCGAAGAAAGAGAAAGCACCACCAGCUAAGGUACCAGAGGUACCGAAGAAGCCUGUUCCUGACAGGAACACACCAGAGCCCGGGAGUGGGACCGAUGGAAGAGGAAGGUCCGAUGAUUCCGCAACGGGAUCCAUACCACCACCUCCACCUGCGGCACCACCAACAGCUACCAGUGCAGGGGACACCCAAUCAAGCGGAUCACCACCAUCGCCAGAACCGGCACGUCCUGCAGCACCCGCAGACCCAGGACCAGGAGGAGCAUCUUCCGGUACAGCAAGUACAGGUACUGUCGGAUGUCCAGACAAGGAGGGUACAUCAUCGGGCGUAUCCAUUACCUGUGGUACAUAUACUGGUCCAGGGUUGGAAGCCCCUCGUAUUCCUCCGGGUGUUCAGAUUACACUUGAGGAUGCUAACACCGGCCCAGAUGAACAUGCUAAUAAGGUUACACAGGGCAUAGACCCGGCAGGAUCAGGCGUGCAACCUGGGCUGGCACCAGUGCCACCUUCAUCUGCAGUACAACCAGAGGCAAAACCAUCCGCAUCAGAGACAACAACAACAUCUCCUGAAGCAACGCCAAAAUCAACAGGAACAGAAACAACAUCAACAGCAAACGCAGGGGACGAUAGUACGCGUGACCGUGGCAAUGCCGUCGUCGAUGGCGGCAACGAUGACGCCCCCCCUCCUCUCAAUCCACCCAAACCAAAACCGAACCCGAACCCCGAUCAGGCCAGCGGCGGCACCGCCGGCACCGGCGGAGGCGCCGACCAGUCCUCAGGAGGUGGUGCAGGGGGUGCUUCUGGUGGAGGAGGAGGUGGACACUUCCAACUUGACCUUGCUCCGAAGGAACUUGACGUAGGGGGCGCAGCAGGAGGAUUUUCACCACCAACCUUAGAAGCUGCAUCACCUGCUGACACAGACAAGGGUCUCAGUGGACCCAGUUCAGAUGGUCCUGAUGGACCCGACCUAACGAACACCGUCCUUACCGCCACUACUCCCGUGCUGUUUUUUCUCACUGCCGUCACCGUCGCCCUUCUUGGUUAUUCCCUUUGGAAGUACUUUGCCUACCUCGCCAAACGACGACGAACAUAUCGAACAGUGCGUGACGUGCCGUCACCGCCACUCGACGAAGAAAUAUUGGAGCAUUUACAACGCGGCGCGCCACCGCUCCAUUACGGGUACACGAUGAUUCGGGAUAGGCGGGCCGCAUCUGCUGCCGAACACCGACGACGACGCUCACCACGCGUGCAUAGGCGCACGAUUAUCGAGCUACAUCUAGAAGAGCUCAACGAAUGCGAAGCGGCCGCAUGGGAAAACGUCAAAGACGACUAUUUGCACAUUGUCGUGCAGGAGUUUGCGCAGGAUUUGAUGCGGGACGAGGACACGAAUAACAACAUCUUGGAUGCUCCUACCACAAACCAGGAUUUAUCAGGAAACAAUGUUUCAUCCACCGUGGAUCCAUCCACUGACAUCGAACGAACGGAUGCAUGUCCACCGAAUGACCCCGAUCCAUGGAGUUGUAUGGAAACCAUACAGUUAGCAACGGAACCUUGUCCACCUAAUGACUGCGAUCCAUGGAGUUGUAUGGAAACCAUGGAGUUAGAUGCAGAACAGAGUCGUGCCCCUACUGUUCCGGGGGACGAGACGUCGGAUUGCACCCACUGGAUUAACUGGAUUGACCGCAACAAGCACCUAUUGCAGGACUGCACGACGCAAACAUGGUUUCUGCAAUUAAAAGCGGAAUGGAAACAAUACCUGCUUGCACACAUGGUGGCAACCGAGGACAACGGAGUAUACGGGCACAGUGAAUUAGGUGACGCUGCAAUCCUGCCGAUGAAGAAAUUGGACUUGUGGAGACAGUGCGUUGCCCAACAACAUCGGCAAAUGAGUAUGUAUAAGGAGGAGUGGUUUAAACAUUUGUUAGAAAAUAUCGAGGAGGAGACAGUGCCGGGCAAACGCGAUGUAUCUGGAGUGGAAAAAGACUUAAAAAUGGAAAUAGUAACAGCAGCAGAAGACAUGCUACAAGUGAGAGAUUUACCGCGGUCGCAACCACUGCAUCAACAACCUCAUAUGAAAAAACCAUUAAGCACUAAAAUAUGGAUACUGAUCCUGGCAUUAGUAAUAGAACAGUAUGAGCUUGAAAGCCGUUUUCAGGAGAAGGAGUUAUAUGUGGAUACUUUAUUAGAACACCUUUAA